GUUUACAUUUAUUUGAGCGGAUAAAUAAAUAUCAAAAUGAAUAGUUUUAGAUACUGCUGUGUUAAGGGCUGCCAGAACAAAACGAAAACAAUAUCGGCAUCUAAUCUAACGUUUUUUCGUGUUCCGACGGAUAUAGAAAGACGACGACAGUGGUUAACAGCAAUCGACAGAAAAGACUUACUUGAGAAAAAACAUGAAAAUAAAGCUAUAAUAUACUAUUAUGUGUGCUCAGACCAUUUUGAAGAUUCAGAAAUGAUAAUAUCAAGGAGGCUUCAAAAUAAUGCUGUACCCACAAAAUUACCACAAAAUUGUGACGUUACAAAAGACACUGGUAUGGAGUCUAAGAAGGAAGAAUUCACAAAACAGGAAACUUAUAGAGAUAUACAACAUGAACGACCACCACCUUUAACGAAUCUAUCAAAAAACUUAUCACCACUCCUUCCUAUAGGAAAAAGCACACAAUUAUCCACCAACUGUCACACUCCGUUACAACCUACAAAUCAGAAAUAUUACCCGAUCAAACGAGCAACCAGUACCAGCCCUCCACCAUUGUUGAAGCUACCGAAAAAUUGUUUACCAGCCGCACCCAAAGAAAAUAUGUUAGCCACUGCCAACCAACUACAAGAUAAAAUGAACAAUCAACCAGUUUCCAAAAUCGAAGAGUAUCUAAAGCUUGAAAUAAGCGUAUUAUCUGACCAGCAACACGUUUCUACGCAGACAGGUUUAAAUAAAAAAAUAUUAACAUCAAAUAAGUUGCUACGUAAAAGAAAAUUGGUGGAAGAAAAUAGGAUUAUUAAACGUAAACUCAAGCAUUUGGAAAGUGAAUAUUCUAAAUUGAAAAAUGAUCUACAGUCUAUAAAUGCGUCGCUAAAAUCUGACUUAACAGAUGAAGCAACGCAAAAGUUAACCAAACUGAUGGACUGGCAGAAUAAAUUAAAAAAUAAACAUAAAGGCAACCGGUACGAUGCUGAGUAUAAAGACUUUGCUCUGAAUCUGCACUACGCUAGCCCACAAGUUUAUCGUUCGCUACAAACAGUUAUGAAGUUACCGAACUUAAGGACGUUGCGACGGAUGAAAUUAGGCCCUAACAGGAUAAAGAAAACUCGGAAAGACAGACUUACCACACAGGAUAAGGUAGAACAUUUGCAUGUACAAAAUGUACACUGAAUUUUUUUUAUACUUUAAAAAGAGGCAAUUCGGAAAAAGAGUGAAUGUUUUAAAUCGACACAAGUUUUGAAAUCCCUCUUUGCACGUGUAUCGUAUAGUCGAGUUCGUAAAUAUGUGUA